CUGUGUCUCUCUCGCGUACGAGAGCUCCGGCGAACUCUGCAGGCGGCUGCCGCAGAGCCUGGCAUGUGUCCAGGGUGCAAGUACGGUAGAUUCGCCCAACUCCGACGCCCUCCCUCCCUCGCGCUCCUCGAUCUCACGUCCCACCGCUACCUGCCCUCCCUCCGCGGGCGACCUCCCGUUGCGCCGGAACUCCUCACCUAGAUCCUCCCCGACGCUCUCCACUCGCCGGCUCAGUACCCGGAUAGCGGGCUCCGCUAUCCCACAAGAUUUCGCCCACCAUGAAUGGGCAAAGCAGAAAGCACAGGAUUUUGAUGGUGUCUGACUUUUUCUUCCCAAACUUUGGUGGUGUGGAAAGCCACAUCUAUUAUCUAUCGCAAUGCCUGCUUAAGCUUGGCCAUAAGGUCGUUGUCAUGACACAUGCAUAUGGAAGCCGUUCUGGAGUACGAUAUGUUACUGGCGGCUUGAAGGUUUAUUAUGUGCCAUGGAGGCCAUUCCUGAUGCAGAAUACACUGCCUACACUAUUCAUGACAUUUCCAAUUAUAAGGACCAUUCUUAUUCGUGAGAAGAUUUCUGUUGUGCAUGGACAUCAGGCCUUUUCAACACUGUGCCAUGAAGCAUUGAUGCAUGCUAGAACGAUGGGGUACAAAGUUGUCUUCACAGACCACUCGCUUUAUGGUUUUGCUGAUGUUGGAAGCAUUCACAUGAAUAAGGUGCUGCAGUUUACUCUUGCAGAUAUUGAUCAGGCCAUAUGUGUGUCUCACACAAGCAAAGAGAACACUGUCUUGAGGUCUGGGAUAUCUCCAGAAAAGGUUUUCAUGGUUCCUAACGCAGUGGAUACUGCAAUGUUUACUCCCUCCCCCAACCGCUUAUGCUGUGAUGAAAUCAUUAUUGUCGUGAUAAGUAGAUUAGUAUAUCGAAAAGGUGCUGACCUUCUUGUUGAAGUCAUUCCAGAAGUAUGCCGUCUAUUUCCGAAGGUUCGAUUUAUCGUCGGAGGUGAUGGUCCAAAACGUGUGCGCCUUGAAGAGAUGAGGGAGAAGUUUUCUCUUCAGGACAGAGUUGAGAUGUUAGGGGCUGUACCUCAUGCUCAAGUACGAUCUGUUCUGAUAUCUGGUCAUAUAUUUCUAAACAGUUCGCUUACAGAAGCAUUUUGCAUAGCCAUUCUUGAAGCAGCAAGCUGUGGACUGCUGACAGUAAGCACUAGAGUCGGAGGGGUUCCAGAGGUUCUACCAGAUGACAUGAUAGUACUUGCAGAACCAGAUCCAGAAGAUAUGGUACGCGCUGUCAGGAAAGCUAUCAACAUACUUCCUGGCAUAGAUCCCCAAAUUAUGCAUCUUCGGAUGAAAAAACUAUAUAGUUGGGAUGAUGUGGCCAAAAGAACCGAGAUUGUGUAUGAUCGUGCAAUGCAGUCCUCAAACACAGAUUUGCUAGACCGUCUUCCCCGGUACCUCACAUGUGGAGCUUGGGCAGGCAAACUGUUUUGCCUUGUUAUGGUCAUAAAUUACCUUGUGUGGUGCCUCCUAGAAUUCAUGCAGCCUGCUGAAGGUAUUGAAGCAGUCCCAGAUAUAGGGCCACUAGACAUUCAUCUAGAUUCAGUAGAUGACAAGUGUGAAGCGCAAGGGAAUUGAAGUUAGACUGCGAUUUUGGAACCAUUCAGUAGAUGGCAUUUAUGGCCUGGAUCAUAUAGGUCGAACCAUCAUUUUAGGCCGGCUUCCACUCUGGAAUUUCUUUGAAUGUUUCCUGGUCCUGUAGUGACUGAAAGAGAAUAGGUCUUUGACGUAAGAGAGUGCUGAGAGCAAAGUUGUCUGAAAUAUGAAAUCACUUCGUCACACCGAAUGUGUUGCAUAAAGCUAGUGGCGAUUGUACUAGUGGCACCGAAUGUGAUGCCUGUAUGGUCCAGAUUAAUUACAGUAUCAAUCUAAACACAUGUACUUGCUGGAAUGCGGGUGCGCAAGAUUUCUGUUUA